GAGGGGAGCGUGACGCAGCGCACAGCUGCCUGCUUUUGUCAGCAUCCCGAGGACGCGGCCUGCUCUUUGUCUUGGGCACGUGGGGCUGAGCGGUCUGGAAGGGAGCGGCACACGCAGCUCCUCCGGGGAAGAGGCAUCGGCCCUGCCCUGGAUCCCAGCACAGCGUCUGCGCCGGGUCCUAAGCAGGUCUCCCUGCCUCGCCCAGGGGUCCCUCUGAGCCUGGGACCUGACCUCAGGCUUCACUGGGUCCGACGAGACCUCGCAGACACCUGCGGCCCAUCUCCUGCAACACCAGAUCCUGUCCUGGCCUCCACAGAGCGGGGAAACAGCCCUUCCGGCCGGGCCUCCCCCUGCUCCAGCAGGUCGCGUUAGCCAGGCUCAAACACCCCGCAGCUGGGGAGCCAGACCAGGAAAGGGGGUCCCUAGCCCAUGCCGGCCCCUAGCACAGGGCAGCAGGAGUGGCAGGUUCAGGGCCUGGGGAGCAAUGGAGACAGUUACCUGCUCGGCCCCCGUGCCCCUGGCCAGCAUCGGGACCGAGGCCCCAGCAUCUCACUGAGGGGGCAGACCCUCUCGCCAGGGCCCUGGGACUGCCCCCCAGCAGCGGAGAACCGGACCCUUACUGCCACUGCCUGCGGCCCCAGCGGUUCCCUGAGGCUUGGCGCGUGACGCCGCCAAGGCCACCGAGGGAGUCGGUGCCAGAGCCAGGCCCUGAGAUCCAGGCCGCUCCAUCGGCGUGGACCGCGGUGUCUCCAGGGGCACUGCCCAGCCGGAUCCAGGGCAGGGGAGCACCGGGGACCCCUCGCCUCUCAUGUCCCCCACCACCGCUCAGCCACAGGCUCUGGCUCGGUGCUGAAGCAGGACAGCGACGGGGCUGCAGACAGUGCAGGAUUCUCCUCCCGUCCCCUACGCUGGAGCCCCCGCGCCCACCAGCCGCCCCGGGCAGUCCCAGGAAGCUGCCAGAGCCGCCCAAUUGUGAGUGGCAGCCCCUGAAGAAUUUUUUGUGUGUGUCAACGUCAUCUGUCCGGCCACCAGCCGGACGCCGGAACCGCCAUCGGCCACCCGACCGGGGUGGCCCCAAGAUCCACAUGGCAAACAGACUUUUCAAUAGUCCCAGGAAGCUGCCAGGCCCCGAGCCCCGGGGGAGGGGGCUCCCCUGCGCAGGGCCUUGCGCAGCAGGCUCUGCAGCCAGGCAGGCCACAAGCAGCUGGGGAAGCCCCGGGUGGGAGCGCACACGUGAUGCUGCCGGCAGACAGACGGCUCCGGUGCUCACGAUUCGCUCUCCCUCUAGCGGCCCGACACGAAACCGGCUGGCCCGGCCACGGGUCCCCUGGCAGCCCUGGCUCCAGCCGUCUGUGCCAGGCACAGGGCGCGGGUCUGCCCGAAUGCAGCCACGCGCAGGACAGCGCUGCCGACCACUGGACCUGCUGCUUCUUUAACCUCAGAGCCAGCUCCAGGCACCUCCACCGAGACCCGGCGUAGCCGCCUGCCUGGGCCCGGCGCUGGGCCUGGCUCUCCAGGGACCACGAGUGGCUGCGGAGAUGUGCUGGGCCCUGCUGCAGCAAGAGCAGGUGGAGAGUGGGGCAAAGCAGCAUAACCGCGCUGAGUCCACCUCGGAGGAAGGUGCUUAAUUGCUUCGCCCCUGGGUGCAGGGUGGGUGCAGGUGUGUCCUGGGGAGGAGUCAGGAAUAGCAGGGGGUGGGUGAGAUGCCCGCCAGCUGCCAGGCUCCUGGAAAUGCCCUGAUGCUUGCAGGUGCAUUGACGCUCCCCUGCACGCACAGCUUAUGGCUCUGCAACACGGAGGGAAGGCGGCAUCUCUGGACCCCGGACCUGCCUGGGAAAGCCCGUCCUCUUCCAGGCAGGGGCUGAGCUCUCCGGGCAGGGGAGCAGAGGCCUGUGGGCCCCCACCUGCAAUCCUGACCACACCGGGGAGGAGCGCCCGUGUCAGGCCAGGAGCCCCAGGCAGGGCCACGGGGGCCGGCGCUGACGGGGCUCUUUGUUUUGUCCCCUGUUGCUGCUUAGCGGGGAACAAAAGGGGCAGUCAGGCGGCACAUCGGCCUCUUUGUGUCCCGGCCGGCGAAGCGCUGAGCCCGCGGCCCGCCCGCACGCCUGGCCCCAUUACCUCACUCCCUCGGAGAGCACCGUGGGCGCCCUCCCGGCUUCCUCUGCGUCAGACCCCGAAGGCCUUGCAGCCAGGGGAGGCCUGGCCGGACCCCCUGCCAGUCUCCCAGGAGGGGCCCAGGCUGCGAGGCCGUGGGGCUCCCCAAAGGGCCUGGACGGUGCUGCCCGUGCAGGGUUGCUGGGGUAAGCCCUGGGCUCAGGCCGAGGACAGCACCUGGGCACCAUGGGUGCCCACCGCCUGUCCCAGAGCCACGUGUGGGACAUGCAUGCACACCGUGAUGGGGGGGAGAGGGGGACCACGACACACGUGUGCAAAGCCUGGCUGCAGACAUGCCCCCACUCUACUUUCUCCGGACACGCUUUGCCGGCGCGAGCCCUGUGUGCUGAGGGCGCCACCGACCCAGUAGCGAUGCCACAACCGGCUGAGACGGGCCCGUGGCCCUGUGCCGGGGCCUGCGCCAGAGGUGGGUUGUCACUGCCCCGGGUGGGCACGUCUAGGCUCUGCCACCCUUUGCAACCCCCCUGGCCAGUCCCACAGCUGCCCUGUGCCUCAGUUUCCCCAGCUGCAGGACGAGGCUAGCAGCAAUGUCUCGGCAAGGGGGUGAACCUGGGGCUCAGCCCCGACCAGGGCCUGAGGGAGCCGAGCAGGGUGCUCCAGUCCCACUUGCUGGGUCUCCCCCCCAAGCCAGGGGCCUUUCUGGGCAGGCCCCAAGCGUCUCCCCGCUGGGGGUGGCAAGCAGCCCCCACCUCGCCCCACGGACAGCGCUGCUGCCAGCCUGGAAAGACCCAGAGCGGCCAAACCGUGGAGUCACGCGCACCCCAGAUUAGCCACGCGACAGCCCCUGGCUCGUGCCCGGUGGUUUGUUUCAAUGGGGUUUUCGGAGGAAUGCGGCCGCGCCGCCGGGCUGAGCUGCCGAAAUCUCCGGGGAUCAGCGGGAGACAAUGGCAGAGAAAGCAUUGUGCUGACAACUCCGCAAAGCCGGCCCGCCGCCCGCCGGCCCCGGGACUAUAUAAAAGCCCGGGCGCUGCAGCACGCAGACGUUACAUGGAAGACCCCGCCGCACAGACCGAGCUAGACUCCACUCCAGUUGCCAGGAUGGCGCAGACGAACCCCCUGCCUGUCCCGACGGGCCCCUGGAAGAUCACCCUGUACGACCAGGAGAACUUCCAGGGCAAGCGCAUGGAGUUCACCACCUCCUGCGCCAACAUCAUGGAGUGCAGCUUCGACAACAUCCGCUCCCUGAAGGUGGACUGCGGCGCCUGGAUCGGCUACGAGCACACGGGCUUCUGCGGGCAGCAGUUCACCCUGGAGAGGGGCGAGUACCCCCGCUGGGAUGCCUGGAGCGGGAGCAACGCCUACCACGUCGAGCGCCUCAUGUCCUUCCGCCCCAUCGGCUCCGCGAACCACAAGGAGUCCAAGAUCACCCUCUUCGAGAAGGAGAACUUCCUGGGCCGGCAGUGGGAGAUCGGCGAUGACUACCCCUCGCUGCAGGCCAUGGGCUGGGCCAACAACGAAGUGGGCUCCAUGAAGGUCCUGUGCGGCGCCUGGGCUUGCUACCAGUACCCUGGCUAUCGCGGCUACCAGUACAUCCUGGAGUCCGACCACCACGGAGGAGACUACAAGCACUGGAGAGAGUGGGGCUCCCACGCCCAGACCUUCCAGAUCCAGUCCCUCCGCCGCAUCCAGCAGUAGGCAGCCGUGCCCGCGGGCGCCCUGCUUCCCUCCCGCCGGGCCAGCCUCUUGCGCCGGCCCCCUUGGUGCUAACACCCCCCACCCUGACCAUGUAACCAGCACACCGAACCGAUUCCUGUACUCUAGCGCGACGGCUUCGGGGCCCUCCCAGCCGCCAAUAAAGGUGCCUGAA